CCCCCCCUCUCUCUCUCUCUCACUGCGCAGUUUCGAGAGGCUUCAUGAGAAAUUAAAAGUGACAGCUGUGAGUGCCACUGAACGGUAGGCGCUCGACUUUAAGGCGAACCGUUAACCGGAGAGGAUGCGCGCGGAGGCCACGGCGUUCGGGAUCCUUUACGGUUUCACGGUGUUGGCGAGCUGCCGCGGUACCCGAGUGGUGAGCGGUCAGACUGUGUGUCAUGGUGGCACUGAGAAGCCGUGCUAUAAAAUCGCAUACUUCAGUGACGUGUCGAGCCGCGUGGCCUUCUGGGAAGCUCAGCAAGUGUGUGAGGUGGACGGCGGAUCGCUCCUGAGCGUCGAGAACAUCACUGAACAACAGCACAUUGAACAACUUCUGCAAAAUCUCAGUAGGACCAGUUCAGGUUCAGGGAUCGCCGAUGGAGAUUUCUGGAUCGGUCUGACUCGUGUGAACCCCGGGAGUCCAGAGGAACAUGCCAGCAUCACUUCCUGUCCAGAUCUGUACAGAUGGACGGAUGGUAGCGUGUCUCAAUUCAGAAAAUGGUACACAGACGAACCGUCCUGCGGAGGGGAGGCGUGUGUAGUGAUGUACCAUCAGCCCACAGCUCAGGCUGGUUUAGGAGGACGGUACCUUUAUCAGUGGAACGAUGACAGGUGCAACAUGAAGCACAAUUUCAUCUGCAAGUACGAAGCAGAGAGCCACCUGGUAAAGGAGCACGGAGACAGACCUGCAAGUCGCGACACAGAUCCUUCACAAGACAAUGAAGAAGUGAUGAAAACUCCUGACGUUUAUGAGGACAAAAGCCUUGACGUCACCGUGGCAGGCGACUCGAGUAUGCUGCUGAUUUACGUGAUCAUCCCAACCAUUCCUCUGCUCCUGCUCAUCCUGGUGGCAUCAGGAACCUGCUGCUUCCAGAUGCUAAGCAGGAAACCACGGACGAAAACGAGCGUGAACCAGUCAACACUCUGGAUCUCCAAGACACCAAAAUCCGACAGCGCAAUGGAGGUGUAAAAGAAACCCCGCAACAACUUUUAAGCAAACGCUUCAUGGUCCACACGCUCGUACGUCCUGGUCAGUGUUAACGUCGUGAUCCACUCGAAUCCUGUGAUGUCUUUCUACGACGGCUUUUACUGCUGUGCGCUGAAACGAAUCUCGCCAAUUAUUUCAUUAAUCUCGGUUUCCUCUUCACCUAACGAGCCGAAUCCGUAAUCACGCCUGCGUUCCUGCGUCUCUUCUCUCAUCCUGCUCUCCGUUUCCUUCCCUCCCUCAGAGAGAGCCAUCAGAGAGCGCAACUCGUUUGCAGAAAGAAAUCUUCACCUAAUUGCCAGCAAACACCGAGAGCAAUUAAAUUAGUGUAAUUAAGACGGGUGAAAGCCGUUACAGGAUCCGCAUAAAGAGAUUAGUUUCAAGUGUCAGCUAAAACCGAAUAGAGUUGUGCCACUUCCAAAACACCUCUGUGCCAGAAAAUUAACACUGAGUCUAAAUGAGGAUUUGAGUUUUAUUUCUAAAUUUAUUUCUAAUUUUAAAGGCCCGAGAAAUAACACAAAGGCUUUGCUAAGGAAAAACAUCAAGUCUCAAAUCCUACAUUUUGAAUUCAGUAUUAAUGUCGUUUUAAUAUUCGACUUUAGAAAUGAUUUGAAGUGAGACACAACUGUGAUGUUUGAUGGCGUCCAACGCUGUAAACACUAUCACCGUUGCCACCCCAACGUUGUUUAUUUUCCGAUAACAGCAUGUCGCAAACUAUUAUUAUUAUUAUUCCUCUUGUUACACCACAGCAAACCGUCAACGAUUACGAGCUUUGUACUAUUUAUCCACGUCCUCUUACAUGGGCGAUCAAGUUAGUACUAAACCGAGUUAGCUCAUGUUCGCGCUCAUGUUCCGUCCUCUCUCUUUUUCUUUAUCCAGAACUUUUCUCAGCUGGAUAUCUGUAAAACAUUUCUGAAGACUUUUCCUCUAGUGGAAAUUGUAUUGCCUGUUGCAAAUCACUGACACUGGAGACUCCUUCCACCAAUGAUAUGGAAUGGUAAAUAGAGGUCAUGUGACCGUAUUCCGUAUUGGUACCUCGCCACUAAAAACUACAAAAAAUAUAACAACACACUAUACAAAACCAUUGACAGUUACCUUCUCAGGUUAACCGUCAAGUAGGCGUGGCUUAAUAUUCUAAUGAGCACAUUCUGGUCUUCAAGCUCGUUAUGCCACUAAAGUACAAACACAAGACAGAAGAGAAUCAGGAACGUAAACAUUUUGAUCCAGUUAAGAUGUCAGCACUUAAAGCUACGCCUUUUAGCUUCGUGUUUGUUGGCUAGUUCACUCCGCUUACGUUUGCUCGCUUAGCUUUCACUUGCUAAUUUAGCUUCCAUCAAACUGUCAGAUAAAACGUUCUAGCGAAUAAAAGGAUCGCAUAGUUUCACUUACAGCUUUUUUUGGAAGGUACCGUACAAGCCCCAACAGGUUUAUAAUUAUUUACAGAUGAAUCUUACGCAAGAUUUCACCACGCUUAGCUCCAUGUAAACAUUACGAGUCAUCAGUGAUUUAUGCUUCAUCCACACACCAUGUUUCCAUGUAAAAAAACAACAACAUUAUCGUAUUAGAUUGUGCUUUUCCGUUCCCUGGGGCUCCCGUCGGUGUUAGAACAAGUUCGUCAUUAUGGUUUGUUCUAACACUUUAUUUGUUUUCUCUCUGAGCUUCACAGUAACAUCUGUGACUGAAAGUCACAUACACAAAGCUUCAGCAGACGUGGAUCUGUCUCUAUGAUGUGUUUGCAAUUCUGACAUCCUGCUUGGUCGUAUGUACGCAGUUUUUACUUGUUAUAAGGACAUAUAAUUUAUCACCAAUGCUUAAUAUCUAAAAAUGUGAAAUCUCUCAAAGCGUGUUGUAUAACGUGGAUUAACUUCAUCACCCGUGCAGUGUACUGUAUAAUACCUACAGCUUAUAAAGUACAGUCCAGUGGAUGUAUUGUGUGUGAGUGUGUGUGUGUGUGUGUGUGUGUGUGUGUGUGUG